GGGCUGAGGUGGGUGAGUAGCCCAAGUACUCCUACUGGUUUCAUUGGGUCCCACCCACUCCCACUCCCAGCAGAAGAUAGCAGAGCACACACACACACUCCACUACUCCACUGCACUGCAGUCUCUCUCUCUCUCUCUCGCAAUCAGCAUUGCACAUUUUGCAUUGCAUUUUUAUUGUUAUUAUUCUCAGGCUCAUCAGCUGGAUGUCCCUAGCUCUUGCUCUUCUUCUUCUUCUUCUUCCUAGUCCCCAGUUCAUUCUCGAUCUGCCAACUUCAUUCUCCCGUCUAUAAAUCCAUCCACAGCUAGCCACCCACUCUCUACUGGAGUAGUUGUAAUUGUUUAGAGCGUGUGGUCGAAUUAAUAUCCAUGGAGGACGAGAGGUGGAAGCUGUCGAGCAGCAAGGGGAGGAGCAAAUCGGGCAGAUCCUGCAGCAGCAGCAGCAACUACUACUACCACUCCUCCGAUUUCAACAGCAGCAACGCCACCACGCUCAGCCGGAGCUACUCCGCCAGCGUCACCGCCAGCAGGCACGCUACCACCGCUUGGUCCGCCGCCGGCGCCGGUGGUGGUGGCGCCAGCAGCAGCAGCAGCUCGCAGCAUCAGCAUCAGCAGCAGCAGCAGCAGAGCAACAAUUCGCAGCGGCUGUCGAAGAAGUGCGUGGAGGCGGUGAAGGAGCAUCGCGCGAGGUUCUACAUCGUCCGCCGCUGCGUCUCCAUGCUCGUCUGCUGGCGAGACUACUAGCUCAGUCUCCUCUUCCUUCUUCUUUUUCUUCUUCUUCUAGCUCAGUUUGAUUCAAUUUUAUUUAUUUGUUUCCCUUCCAUAAUACUCCAUUGCUAGCUCCAUGCAUCAUCAUCAUCAUCAUCAUCGAUCUCUGUGUGUUUCUGCCUGCAUCUUAAUUUGUUCUUUCUGUAAUUAAUCUUGCAUUGCUCUCUCUACAAGUAUAUACUUACUAGCUAGUAGCUAGCAUUCUCAUCUUCUUACUAUCUAUUUAGUUCCUUCCUAGCUACCUAGUCGAUCAGCUAGUCCAAGUAUGUAAUGUAUAUAAAGGUGAGGUGAGCUAGUCGUCCGGGAAUGUUGAUUUUGGAGCUAGCCGAUGAAUUGUGCUUGCUGAUUUCUGUUAAAUAUUUAUGAAAUGCCAAUGGUAUAUA